AGCAGGCGGCUCCGCGCUCGCACUUCGGCUCGGCCGCCCCACCGCGCACUCGCCUCUCCGCUCCCGCCGCAGCCCCAGGGCCCCUCGCCGCUGCCACCAUGGACGCCAUCAAGAAGAAGAUGCAGAUGCUGAAGCUCGACAAGGAGAACGCCUUGGAUCGAGCCGAGCAGGCGGAGGCCGAUAAGAAGGCGGCGGAGGACAGGAGCAAGCAGCUGGAAGAUGAGCUGGUGUCGCUGCAAAAGAAACUCAAGGGCACCGAAGAUGAACUGGACAAAUACUCCGAGGCUCUCAAAGAUGCCCAGGAGAAGUUGGAGCUGGCGGAGAAAAAGGCCACUGACGCUGAAGCCGAUGUAGCUUCUCUGAACAGACGCAUCCAGCUGGUUGAGGAAGAGUUGGAUCGUGCCCAGGAGCGACUGGCAACAGCUUUGCAGAAGCUGGAGGAGGCCGAGAAGGCAGCAGAUGAGAGUGAGAGAGGCAUGAAAGUCAUUGAAAGUCGAGCCCAAAAGGAUGAGGAGAAAAUGGAAAUUCAGGAGAUCCAACUGAAAGAGGCCAAGCACAUUGCUGAAGAUGCCGACCGCAAGUAUGAAGAGGUGGCCCGUAAGCUGGUCAUCAUUGAGAGUGACCUGGAACGUGCGGAGGAGCGGGCUGAGCUCUCAGAAAGCCAAGUUCGACAGCUGGAAGAACAAUUAAGAAUAAUGGAUCAGACCUUGAAAGCAUUAAUGGCUGCAGAGGAUAAGUACUCGCAGAAGGAAGACAAAUAUGAGGAAGAGAUCAAGGUCCUUUCUGACAAGCUGAAGGAGGCUGAGACUCGGGCUGAGUUUGCGGAGAGGUCAGUAACUAAAUUGGAGAAAAGCAUUGAUGACUUAGAAGACGAGCUGUACGCUCAGAAACUGAAGUACAAAGCCAUCAGCGAGGAGCUGGACCACGCUCUCAACGAUAUGACUUCCAUAUACCUCUGUCUUCUUUUGGCAUAUUAGUUGUCUUUUCUAAGAGCAGAUUAUAUUUGCAGACCCACGUUUGAAAAAAAAAAUCCUCUUUUUCCUGUGUUGGAUAUAACAAAACUAACAUAUUUGGCUGCCAGUGAUCAUUUGAAACUGUUGUUAAAUGCCUUCUAAGCUUACUUUUCAAUGUUUUUUUUCCUCCUAAAUUUUAGACUUUCUGAUUUUCAAAAAAGAAACCAGAUUGUAAAUUUGAAUAUAAACAAAAUAAAAAAUUAAAUGAUUCUAAAUAUAUGCAGCAAAAUUGGUCCUGGGUGAAAAUACUUCUGUGAACUUACAGAAUGUGUAUUUAGAAAAGAACAAUGCCUUGAACUCCUCUCGUUCCAUCUAAGUAACAUUCUUAACUUUAUUUUUACUUUUACUCAUUUUCUCCAAGUCCUUUUUAUUUUGGAAAAAAAAUAUUUUAAAGCUCUUUUUUCCUAUUUCAGUAAUCUGUUUUCCUAAUUAGAGAUUUUAGCUAUUUGUCCUAAAGUCAGCUACUCUAAAAUCUCAUUAAUCUCCAUGUUUGAAAGUCCACCAAAAAAAAGCAAAAUGAGGUUGUCAAAGUUUCAAAACUGGCAUUAUCUGUCUACACUGCAUCUUUAUCAUUAAUAAUAACAAUCUCAAGUGAGGAAGUGGAUGUAGCAUUUCUUUAAAGUGGAUUUCAAUAUUUGGGAAACUUUCUUCUAUUUCUGGAAUAUCUCUGAAAUGUAAAUAGACCAACCACAUAACCCAUAUUCCGAUAGCCUGGGAUCACAGAUGUUUCCAGAUGUACUUUUGAAACAAAGUACAUUUUUCCCCUGUUUCAUUGUGAAAGUGCAGUAUUGGACUUCUGCUUCUUAAAGUGGGUCAAAGGGGAUAGAUACCCCGUUGUUUUUUGGCUGUUGAUAUAUGUAUGUAUGUUUGGCGCUGUGAGUAAACUCAGCUUUGGAAUCUUGCAUUGCUGUCAUUCACUGAAAGACUGAAUGUCCCAGAAAUAGGACUUCUUUUUUUUUUCAUGGAUCUCUUGGCUGCAGCCAGAGUGGACUUUUUAUAAAAGAACUUGAGUGGGAACCGGGUGUGGAACACAUCAGUUGAAGGUCCCUGCUGCUUCUCCAUCCCUGAUUUUCCUGGGUGAGCUGACUUCCCCAAGUAACCCAAGACAGUUCCAAGGUAGAAGAGAGAGCUAUGUGUGUACUUCUUUUUUCUUUUUUUUCUUUAACAAAUUACUCCAGGUUUCUGCCCCCCAGAAUUUCAGAUUGCAUGGGCUGGGGGAAUUUGCAUUUUUUUAAAUGUUUAUUUAUUUUUGAGAGAGAGAGAGAGAGAGAGAGAGAGAGAGAGAGGUAGGGAGGAGCAGAGAAAGAGGGCGACACAGAUUCUGAAGCAGGCUCCAGACUCUGAGCUGUCAGCACAGAGCCCAACGUGGGGCUCGAACUCAUGGACCGUGAGAUCAUGACCUGAGCUGAAGUCGGUCACUCAACCAGCUGAGCCACCCAGGUGCCCCUAGAGCUUAUUUAUCAGCACAGAGCCUGACAUGGGGCUGGAAGUCACAGACCGCAAGUUCAUGACCUGAGCACAAGUCGGAGGUUUAACCGACUGAACCACCCAGGCACCCCUAGCUGUGUGUGUUCUAAGCUACAGUACCCACAGGGCAAAAAUGCAUCCGAUCACAGCGAUGCUGAAGGUCAGGACAACUGGCUGGCCCUGGCGUUCCAAAGGCCAGGAAUAGUCCUUCUUCAUACCCUUUCCACACCCCGGCAUAGGGUGUCUCACCCUUUCACAAACCCAGGGCAACCUACCUAUUCUCUUGAAGCAGAAAAAGGUUAUGAUAGUAAAUAAAACAUCUGUUGGCUGACUAGUUUGACAUUGUGUAAAAUAAUUUUGUCAAUCUAUUCCUCUCCAUGUUAAAUUAGACCUAAUUUGUGGAAUGAAGGGUGGCCUAGUACUGCUCAUUCCAAGCUCCUUGCCCUGCUAGGUCUAUUAACUGUGGGCUUGGGUUGAGUUCAAAGGUUCCUUCCCUCUGUUCUGAUGGCCAGGCCCUCCCUCCAACUGCCUCCAACUAUACUACUGGUUUCUGAGAAAUAUCUGAUAAGCAGUGCUUUAGGCCAAGUGCUCACACCAUAUCCCUCCCUGGAGCCUCACUGCCAGGUCUCUGCCAGCUCUUGUUCCUGUGGGUCACCCUGGACAACGCAGAGACCUCAAGUACAACUUUACCUUCUCUUCAGAGGUGCAGGGCAUAGCCCCUUCUCCCAUCCUGAGCGGGGAGGGAGGCUAUCCUCUUCCUUCUCCCACUGGAAUGGAAAAUCAGAACUCCUUCCUUUGUUCCUCUCCUGGAGUGCCACUCCCAACAGAGACCAAAUGUGUAUUCUUUCAUUAUUCUUAGCCGAAAGAGAAUCUUUUUUUUUUUUCCCUCCAGGCAGGGAAGGAAAUGCUCCUGAACCCCUGCCUGAAAUCUGAGUGGCUAGCACUCCUUGCUGCCCCAAGGCCCUGAUCUGCCCCCUCACUUUCUGACCUUGAUCUAAUCUUGCUAUCACUCACGUUUGGUCACCAAGGGCUCCCAGGCCCUCUGUAUAUUGAGCAGUGUGGGGUGGGGUAACGCCUGCUUCCCCCACACCCCUGCCACCUCCCACGAAGAUUUUUAAGUUACCUUUCAUCUCUAAAUUUGGUUUGAUUUUUCUGCUAUUAUUAAUGAGUGAGAGUCUCCAGAUGUCAUUUUUUUAAAUAACUACUCCUUAAAAAUUAUGAACAAUUUCAGGCAUACAAAAGUACACCUAAUAUAAAACACUUCCACAUCCAGGCACCACUACUGAGUUUUAGAAAUAAUAAAUGACAGAGUUGAAGUCCCUCUGAACCUCUCCUUAAUCCCUCCUCUUCCAUUUCUCUCCAGAGGUAACAGCGAUACUGAUUUUGUUGAUAGUCAUUCUCGUGUAUGUGUUUUAUACUUUAAUUACACACAGAUGUAUAUACAAAUGAUACAUAGUACCGUGUUUGGUGUUUUUGAAAUUUUGUAGGCAUGGUUUGACUGUGAGAAAUUUCUGCAGUCGCUUUUUUCACUUCAUAUUAUGUUUUUAGAUUCACUCAUGUUGAUUCGUGUGACUCUUGUUUGCUGCUCCUGGAUAGCCCCUCUGUACCAAGGGAUUCUCCCACUGCUGGACACCGCCGUUGUCACUAGUGUUAGGCCAUAGACCCUUAAAGAGCAGGCCUCCCCAGGGAGACAUGGCCAUUCUCGUACACAUCUCUUUGGGAAGGCCUGAUCUUUAAAUGCCAAGUUUGAUUUUAACCCCUUUUCAAUUAGUCUUUGCCAAUGUGGAUAAGUUGCUAUAUCUCCCUGGGCCUCAGUUUUCUUAGGCACACAGGGAGGACUGACUAAUCCAUCUCUAAGAUUCUUUCCAAGCCUAGAAUUCUAUGGUUCCUUUCAUGCUAGUUUUCCUGGUUCCUUAUAAUGUAUAUAUCAGUUAUGAGUAACUGUUUAGCAUGAGAAUCAAUUCAGAAAAAAAAAGUAUGUGUGUGUGUGUGUGUGUGUGUGUGUGAAUUCAAAAUAAAGGGGCGCCUGGGUGACUCAGUCGUUUGAGCAUCUGACUUCGGCUCAGGUCAUGAGUUCGAGCCCCAUGUGCAGCUCUGUGCUGACAGCUCGGAACCUGCAGCCCUGCUUCAGAUUCUGUGCCUCCGUCUCUCUCUGCCCCAACCCAGUCGCAUUCUGUCUCUGUCCCUCUCAAAAAUAAACAAACAUCAAAAAAAAAAAAAAAAAAAUUAAAUAAAUAAAUAAAUUCAAAAUAAAAAUGGCUUUGAGUCCUUUGGGAAUGUUUUCUUAUAAUGUAGAUUUCCUAUUGACUAGAUAAAUAUUAAUGACAAAAACUGGCACUGCUUUAAAGCCAUCAAAAAAUUACUGUUGGGGCAUGUUCUAGUACACGUGGAGACAGUGUUGGAAUCUUGUCUCCCGAACGUAGGUGUUGGGCUGUGUGGCCAGCUGGGCAGGCUGCACGAAGCCUGGUGGCUGAUGGAUUGCUCAUGAGUUGGGAUGACUCAGGGUCAUCAUUUUGAAGAUGAGUUAUCAUAUUAUGUACUGCCAAGAAAUGAUGCUUUCUAAAAGGCUAUUGAAAUGUGAAGGGCUUUUUUUUUACCCUAAACAUAAUGCUCUUCAGAAGCUAUGUUUUUAGAUUGUAUAGUUCUUUAAAAAAAAAAAAAAAGUUGCUCCCUUCCUGCCAGAAUGAGCUGUGGUGGUUAUUGCUGCUGUUGAUAUGACAGACAGCCCCCUCCUUCUUCGUGGUCUCGAAUCAUCUGGGCCUGGUGCACAGGCCACUCCUUUGGAGCUGGGACUCGCGGACGGUGAAGCUCAUGAUCUAGUGCGGAGAGGUCAUAGCAGCUGCUUGGUUUGCUCAUUGUAUUUUUUUUUCCUUCAUAUUUUCUGCUUGUGGCUGAACACCGGAUGAAGUCCUAGACUUAUCAUUAAUCUUAGUAACAUUCACGCCAGGGUUGUAGUGAUAGUGAUAUUCAUAUAGCUAUGAAUAUAAAGUUCUACUGAUUGGUAGAUCUGAGUAUUAUUCUGACAGAUACAAUGACCAAUUCAACAGCUUUUCCACUCUCUCCUGUUUUUAGCAGUCUUGUGGGUCAAGGAAGUGACCAGCUCCAGGGAUGGGUUUUGAUUAAUCUAAAUUUAGGGAUGAGUUUAGAUUAAUUCAAUCUUGGUAACUGCCCAUGGCAGUGAUUGGUUUCUGAACUCAGCAUUAGUCCCGAGAACACGACAUUCUCAUGGUUGUAAUUCCAGAAGUGAAACAUGACGGAAAGGUCGCUGGAGGCUUUGGGAAAACAUUUCCUCACUUCGCAGUGAGAGGCACAAGAUGAUCUCUUUUCUUCUCAGUAUUGCCGGGGUGGUCAGGAACGGUUAUCAGUCAGGGGAUGAAACUGAUACUCCCAGGAGGGCAGAGCCCAAGGAGGUACAGAGAAAUGAGCCGGAACUACUGAAUUGAGUCAUCCCUGAACCCCAACUCAUCACUGGCCUUGUUAUAUGAGUCAACAAAUUACUUUAAGCUAGUUUGAUUUGGGCUUUCUGUUAUUUGCAGCCAAAGCAUCCUGAUUGAUAUAAUUGUAUCCCUGUAUUAUGACUGGUUUUUCUAAUUCUGGAGUAGUCUCAGGAAGUUAUCUUUCCUUUAAAUGUCAAAGUGAGUGUUAAUCCACCAUACAGUCUACUGAUGUUAUUAUCAAACUAAUUGUAAUGUAAAGACCUUGAUUUUCAUAUUGUAAUAGAUUUCUUAGCAUCCUUACUAUUGUUACUAUGGUGUGCUAAGAAAACUUAGAAUUUCCAAGGUUUUCUUAAUUCUCUUCACACUUAGUAGAAUGUAACCUUUCCUCUCAUAAGAGUAUUUAACCUUUUAUUAUCUAUGCAUGUUUCUGCAUGCAACCUAACUAGCAAAGAGAGGCUGGAGUCCUUGUUUGAUUUGAGAGCAAUUCAGAGGAGUGUGUUAACAAAACCAAAUAACACAGGAUUAAGCCAGGACUUGCUAUGUAAGGGAUGGACGUGGCCAAGUAGAGAGCUGAGGGGGGAAGGAGGGGAAGGACCCACAGGUGGCAUCCUCAGGGAAGGCUGGGGGCAUGAGUGGCCCUGCACGUGCGGAGGGGAGGAGGUGUGGGGCAGAGAGAUAGAAGGUGGCAGGUGGAGGGAGGCUCUGAGGGUUCUCGAGUCAGGGGAGCAGUGCCUCUGGUGGCAAAGGCCGUAUUUCCAGGCAGAGGGAGUUGGGCCCAUAGCUUCUUAAAGAUUGAGGUGACAUUACCACGGAGAUUGUUGACAGUUAUUCUUGCAGUGGCAUGCAGGGGAGAUAGAACCAGGAGAGAUGUUGGCACAGAGUCCUGGGACGCUUUUACCGUAAUUCACAUGUGAAGUGACAAGAUCUGUAGGAUCAUAGCAUCUGAAUAUGUAAUAUUUUACAUUUAUCUGGAAUUUCAGAGUUUCUAAAUCACAUUCAGACACAUUAUCUAGUUUAUCUAAUUAGGUCCCCUCACCUUUUCCUACCUCCAGUCUAGGUCUUUUGGCUUUCAGGGCCAGUGCUUUUCAAUAAUAAUAUAAACGACAUUUUCCAUCUUUAGUUAAAUUCAAGUUGAGCUAAUUUGACUGUGUUCUAUGCACGUGUCUCUCAGCUGGCUCCUGACAGUGGCGUGAACAAAAGCUAACCCCCACAGCUCACGACUCUUCCGAACGCUGAAAACCUCUGAAUUGUGAAAAGCUGGUUAAGUUUCACAGAUAAUGUUAGAACCGCCUCAAAUAACAGAAAGAUAGUCCUUCUACAGAAAACAAAAGGCGGAGUCCAUGGAAAACUCCCUAAAUGUUUUAAAUGACUGGAGAGUGACUGAGACUUUAAUGAGCCUCAAAAUGGCAGCCUUUUUGUGUGUUCUCAACGUUUAUAUGUAGAAACAUUGUAGUAAUUUAGCCGUUGAAGACUCUUCUCCCGGCAAAUAACUGCAUUUGAUGGUUAGGUCAAUAUAGUGGAUAAUUGACAUAUUCUCUUGAAAUGUCUUGGAGGCUGCUUUUAAGGGAUUCUGUACAGGAUGCAAAAGAAUAGGGAAAUCUAAAAGCUCAGUGGCCAGAUGAAGGAUUUAGCAAAUUGUGUUCGAAUUGUUUUCAUUAACUUGUCCUGUCAGAGGGUAGCAGCUUAUUUCUGGUAAAAUGAUAGAGCAUUCUGAUAUUCGUCAAAGACUUUGUGGUUCUUUGUAAUUGAAAUUGCUAAAUAAGUUUUGAGCUACAUAGUGGGGGGAAAAUGGGUGAGGGUGGCGUUGAACGUUUAAGUGCCAGAGCCCCAAAUGACUUUCGCAAACUACCUCACGGUCCCGCUUGAGUGUUAUUUAAAGGUUAGAAUCACCUGGAGAGCUUUUAAAAUUACUAGUGCACAGAUCCCACCCUUGACCAACUAAGUCAGAAUCUCAGAAUUUGGGGAAAGGAGCAGACCUAGCCAUUAGUAGGUUUUUAAAGUUCUCCGGGUAAUUUCCAAAGUUCAGUCAGGGCUAAAAACCAUUCUAGCUAUGUCAGGCCCAGUCAGUAAGAUGCGAGAAACAUUUAUUAAAAUGUGCAUAAGAUACUUGCCAGCCGUGUAAAAUAAAUAUGCGGGUUUUCCCAUCUCUGAGCUCAAACAGGCAGGUUUGGGAGCCUGGGGUUUUGUUUUUUCCCUUAGCCAGUGGCAGAUCCCAAAGAACAAAUGGAAGGAGACGGAGGAAGACAUUGUAAAGAGGUCCCACGGUGUUUCUCAGGGAAAGAUGGGCCAGAGGGGUAGGAAUCAUUGUUUAUAUGUAUAUCAGGAAGUGGAAAAUAUGGCAUGUUCUCAGUCUAUCUAAAUUAUAGAACUUUGAGGGAUGUGAUCCAUUUGUAUCAAAAUAAUGAGGCAUAUAAUACGUUCCAUUUAACAUGUGUGGGAAUUCUUUGCAGAGUAAUUAGCAUUCCUUUCUUCAGCCUGCAUUCAGAGGAAACAUACCAUUCACACCCUCUCUGUGUUCACAUUUUCCAGUGCGUU